AAAGAGCUACGGCGUCGUAUUAUGAUGUUCGAACUUCGAAAAAGUGCGUUGACGUUGGGCGCUCGAGUCUAUUACUGACGACGGUACGCGACGAUCACGGUGCUUUGUGGCCGAUAACGGAGAUGGAGAUACCGGAGUGCCCGGUAUGCCUGCAAUCAUACGACGGAGAGGACGCAAUCCCACGCGUGCUUGGUUGCGGCCACACGGCCUGUGAGUCGUGCCUCACACACCUCCCUCAGAAGUAUCCAAACACUGUUCGCUGCCCGGCGUGUAUUCAACUCGUGAAGUACCCGCCACAGGGUCCCUCCGGUCUCCCCAAAAACAUCGAACUCCUCCGCCUCCAACCGAACUCCCAAAAAUCCCACAAGCAAUCCCGAAAUGAUGCCGUGGUCCCUGAAGAGCAUCUUGAAUGUCAAUUCCUUCCUCAUUUGUGGUCUGAUGAGUUCUACGAGUGCUGGAAGGACUGGAUUCUGCCGAAAGAAUCGGUUUUGAGGGAAGCUGGAGCAGAAGAAGAGCCUUUUCCGGGGCGUUAUAAAGAGGAUGAAAGUAAAACGUUGAGUCUUGUUCGGGUAUGUGCUCUAUCGACCGAUAGCGAUGAUACUGUGUUUAAAUUUAGUUAUGUUGCGACGGUCAUGAGAUGUUUGAAUGAUAUGAGAGAGGAAGUAAGAGCUGAACUGCUGUUGCUCUUGGGAGCUUGUUUGAAAAGUCGCCAAAUUUGCAGAAUCCAUGGCUUGUGGGGAGAUUUGGAAGAUGGUUUUUUGUAUAUAGUGUCUGAGAGACUCCAAAAAUUGAAUAAUUUUGAAGAUGGGUUGGUUCGUGAAAGUAAUGAUGGGUUGUGUGGCUUUGCAAUGAUGUUUAUGGAGAUAUGUGAAGGUGUGAUUGAAUUGAAUUUAAAAGGAGUGAUUGCGGGUUGUUUGGGUCUUUCUUGCUUUAAGUUUGAUGAAUUUGGACAUGUAUGUGUUGAUCUUAGUGAGGUUCUUGUAAUGGGAAGGGCUCGUAAUGGUAUUAUAGAGGCAGCUUUAGAAGAGAACGGUGUUGUCUGGCAGCAUAUGGUAGCAUUUUUCACUUAUCUUUCAAAAACUGAGUUGUUUUUAAGCCCAGAGAUUUUGUAUGAACUAAUUGGUAUAAACCCUGAUUGCGUGCAACAUUCAGUUGGACGUGGUUCAGAUGUGUGGUCAAUAGGUUGUGUUUUUGUCAGACUUCUCAUUGGGAGAAAAUUCAGUGAAGAGCUCAUGGAUUAUAUCCAUCAUGGUGUCCCAGAAGCAAGUGAUGAGAAUGGUUUAAGUUGUAUGGAUCAUUAUGAGCGUUGGGCGGAGAAAAUAAGGUCUCUGAUGGAAAGUAAAUUUGGGACAGAUUUUGCCUCUUUACAGCAAAUUCUUUGUCAAUGUUUGAAUUUUGAUCCAGCCAGUCGUCCUCCAGUAACUGAUUUGUGGAACUGCAUCAGGGAGCUGAUUAUUGGACUUCAAUUUGGUUCCAUGUUCAGGUUACAAGGGAUAGUUUACGACAAGACAAAGAAGGGUUAUUGUUUAGUUCUUGGAGAUCUUUGUACAUUGCCCAAGGAAAAAGUAGGGCUAAAUGAUAAAGAAGACGAAUUGCCGGGAACAAAAGAUGGAGCUGACUUUUAUCAGCCUGAACACAAAGAAAUAGUUGAAGCCAUCUCUGAGGGAAACAUCAAAAUCAAAAUUAUACAGGGACACAUGGACUGUAUUACAGGAUUAGCUGUUGGAGGGGGGUUUCUGUUCAGUUCUUCAUAUGAUAAAUCAAUCCAAGUAUGGUCUUUGCAGGAUUUCUCUCAUGUCCAUACUUUUAAAGGUCAUGAGCACAAAGUCAUGGCUUUAGUUUAUGUGGAUGGAGAGCAACCAUUGUGUAUAAGUGGUGAUAGUGGUGGUGGUGUAUUCUUGUGGAAUAUUAGUAUACCUCUGGGGCAAGAACCAUCAAAGAAAUGGUAUGAAGAAAAAGAUUGGCGUUAUAGUGGCAUUCACUGCUUGACCACUGCAGGAAAUGGAUAUCUCUACACUGGCAGUGGAGAUACGUCAGUAAAAGCAUGGUCCUUGAAGGAUUCCACUUUGUCAUGUACAAUGACUGGCCAUAAAUCAGCUGUUUCCACCCUUGCAGUUUGUGAUGGAGUUCUUUAUAGUGGGAGUUGGGAUGGAACGAUUCGGUUGUGGAGUCUGACUGAUCAUAGUCUUUUGACAGUGUUAGGAGAAGACAUGCCUGGAAAGUUGAACUCAGUCUUGUCCAUUACUUCUGACAAUCAUAUGCUUAUUUCUACUCAUGAAAAUGGAUCAAUCAAGGUUUGGAGGAAUGAUGUUUUCAUGAAGUCCACCCAAAUACAUAAUGGCGCCAUCUUUGCCGUCAGGAUGGAGGGGAAAUGGCUGUUUACGGGUGGCUGGGACAAAACUAUCAAUGUUCAGGAAUUGUCAGGGAAUGAAUUUCAAGUUGAUUAUAUACCAGUUGGGUCAAUCCCUUGUGGUUCGGUUGUCACAAGUUUGUUGUACUGGCAAGGAAGGGUUUUUGUUGGAGGCGCUGAUAGGACUAUCAAGGUAUAUUACUACGGAAAGCAACUGAGGUUGGACGAGGUAAAUCACAAUGGAAUGUAUCAGGUUGCAGGUGAGCAGAUGAACAUGUUUUCAUAGCAGUGAACCAAAACCCGUGCCACUGCAAAUUAACCUUUCGGCUUACAGUGCUUGAAGACCAAUUACCAGAUACAUCUACCCAUACUUGUGCAGAGUGGAAUUUUCAGUGUUUUGACACCACAUCAUACUAUUUCUAUUACGUUUACGGUUGUUCACACAAAAGGUCGAGGUGUAGGGAACACGAUGUAUAGAAAUUAUGUUGUACAUACUGUAAGACUGUAAGUAAGUCAUGUAAUGUAAUUAAAGGAGUGAUAUGGAAACAGAGUAAUAUGUAAUAAAAGUUACAUUUGUGAAACUGCAAUAUUCAGCCUGCUCCUAAUUAUUGACU